CUUGGCAAAAUUGCUUCCGACUACAUAUUCCUUGUUCUACAAAAAUCAGCCACGUGAUGCUCAGACGACACGUGAUGCCGACUCACAACAGCCCACCAAUUCAUUCAUUGACACUUCCAAAAUAUUCGAGAGGAAACCAAGAGUUUUGAGCAAACUUCGUGCGUUAAUUUAUAAAAUUAGUUCAUGACGAAGAAGACGAUGAUGAUGAGAGGUGGCUGGUGCUCUUCUAUAAAUUCUCACCUUCUCUUCAGAUCUUUUCCAACCACAAGACCAACUUAUUCCUCCUCUGCUUUCUCUUCUUCUUGCUACAACAAGAGAACCAAUUACAAAUUCUUCUUCACAGCAAUCACCAUGAGCGGGAGAGAUAACGAGAACCCGUAUUUCGAGACGCCGAGAUCGGUCAUCCAGAAAGUCCUUGCAAAGGCUCAACAUGAGGGUGAAGGAGCCAUUGUUAGGAGAAGCAUUGGAAGGCUGGAGAUUGGGAGUGUGGAUCCUUUUCUCAUGCUGGAUGAAUUUUCAGUCUCUCUUCCUUCUGGAUUUCCUGAUCAUCCUCACAGAGGUUUUGAGACUGUCACAUAUAUGCUAGAGGGGGCCUUUACUCACCAAGAUUUCUCUGGACACGAGGGAACAAUCAGAGCUGGAGAUCUCCAGUGGAUGACCGCAGGCAGGGGAAUUAUUCACUCUGAGAUGCCCGCUGGAGAAGGAGUUCAGAAGGGUUUGCAGCUUUGGAUCAAUCUCUCAUCCAAAGACAAAAUGAUCGAGCCUAGAUACCAAGAACUGAAGAGCAAAGACAUUGCCCAAGCUGAAAAAGAUGGCGUCUAUGUUCGAGUCAUCGCAGGCGAAGCAUUCGGAAUCAAGUCCCCUGUCUACACUCGGACCCCAGCAAUGUAUCUCGACUUCACAAUGAAACCUGGAUCCCAAGUUAACCAAUCUAUUCCAGAGUCCUGGAACGCAUUUAUUUACAUAAUCGAAGGUGAUGGUAUUUUUGGAAAUCCAGCAUCGCCUCCUGUAUCGAGCCAUCAUGUAAUUGUUCUGAGCUCCGGCGAUGGUGUCAGUGUUUGGAACAGAUCGGGGAAUCCGUUGAGGUUUGUUUUGGUUGGAGGGCAGCCGUUGAAUGAGCCGGUGGUUCAGUAUGGGCCUUUUGUUAUGAACACAAAGGCCGAGAUUGAGCAGACUUUUGAGGACUAUCACUUGUGCAAGAAUGGAUUUGAGAAGGCUACGCAUUGGAGGUCUCGGCCAUAGCUUCAUGCAGGGGGCACUAAAGAUGAGAGGAGAUAAACGUCAACUUCCAAUCCCCCACUGUACUUGAGAGGUUCUAGAAGCUUUUUGGGUGAUUGUGGAAGUCUAGUGAUGAUACUUGAUUUGUGUUAUGAGAUUGUCUUCCUUUGUGUCGGAUCAGUUUGCUGUUACUGAUAACUUAAUUAUUUUUUGUUUACAUUGGUGUUUAAUGUUAAUAACAGAAUAAAAGUGAGAGUUUUUUUUUU